GCCUCCUUCGCGCAUGUCAGAGGACACGUGCAACUGCUCCGGGUCGAAGUGUCUCCUUUUGCAUUGUUUUAUUUGAACACAAUUACAUUUGGAUAAACCUCUGCGGAGGGCCGAAACGGUCUGUAAAUGGGAGGUCUUCAAAAGAAGAAGUUUGAGAGUGGCUCUGCCACCAACUACAUCACCAGAAACAGAGCUCGGAAGAAGCUGCAGCUCAGCCUCCCAGACUUCAGGCGACUGUGCAUUCUCAAAGGCAUAUAUCCUCAUGAGCCAAGGCACAAGAAGAAGGUGAACAAGGGCUCUACAGCCCCAAGGACCUUCUACCUGCUCAAAGACAUCCGCUUUCUGCUCCAUGAGCCAGUUGUUGCCAAGUUCAGAGAGUACAAGAUAUUUGUACGUAAGCUUAAGAAGGCUUAUGGAAAAACGGAGUGGUCUGCAGUAGAAAGACUGAGAGAGAACAAGCCGACUUAUAAAUUGGACCACAUCAUCAAAGAAAGGUAUCCAACCUUCAUUGAUGCCCUCCGUGAUAUCGACGAUGCCCUCUGCAUGUGCUUCCUCUUCUCCACUUUCGCCAGAACAGGAAAAUGCCAUGUGCAGACAAUCCAGCUGUGCAGACGCCUCACCGUGGAGUGGAUGAACUAUGUGAUUGUUUCUCGUUCCCUGCGAAAGGUUUUCCUCUCCAUCAAGGGAAUAUAUUACCAGGCUGAGGUGAUGGGGCAGCUGAUUACAUGGCUGGUGCCAUACCAGUUCUCCCAUGAUCAUCCAGUUGAUGUUGACUACAGAGUAAUGGCCACGUUCACAGAGUUGUACACCACUCUCCUGGGAUUUGUAAAUUUCAGACUCUACAGUUCCCUCAACUUGGUUUACCCACCAAAGCUGGACAGUAAUGCAGAGUCAGAGCUGAAAGAAGAGAAUGAGGAUGACUAUGCCAUGAAUUCAGAAAGUUACUUAGAGAAACUAUCAGCUCUGAGUGCCAGUCUGGCACGUGUGGUUUCUUCUGCAGAGGAGGAGGAGGCUCAACUCGACCAGUUUCCAGUUGAAGGGGAGGACAUGGAGAAGAUGGAGGCUAGAGAAAAGGAAUUGAAACAGCAGGAAGCUCAUAAAAAGAUUUUUGAGGGACUUAAGUUCUACCUCAACAGAGAAGUUCCCAGAGAGUCGCUGGCGUUCAUCAUCAGGUGUUUUGGAGGUGAGGUAUCCUGGGACAAGUCUGUGAGCAUUGGCAGCACAUAUGAUGUGACAGAUGAGACUAUCACCCAUCACAUUGUUGACAGACCCAGCAUUGACAAACAGUAUAUCAACAGAGACUACAUCCAGCCCCAGUGGGUGUUUGACUGUGUCAAUGCCAAAAUGCUCUUACCUGUGGAAGAUUAUUUCCUUGGGGUGACUCUGCCUCCUCACCUGUCUCCAUUUGUGGAGGAGAAGGAUGGUGACUACAUGCCUCCAGAGAAACUGAAGAUAAUGGCCUUACAGCGAGGAGAAAAACCUGGCAACGAAGAAGAAGAAGAGGAGGAGGAAGAGGAAGAAGAGGAGGAAGAGGAAGAAGAACAAGAAGAGGAAGAGGAUGACAAUGGUGAUGAAGAGGAAGUAGCAGAAGAGAAGAACCUUAAAAAGAUGGAAGAACAAAGAUCCCAGGGCAAGUCUCUACAAGUCAAAGUGACGCCUGGAAAAUUGAAGGUAGAAAAUAAAACACGCCUGGAGCAGGAGGAGAAAGCAGAGGAGAAACGUUUGGCCAUCAUGAUGAUGAAGAAAAAGGAAAAGUACCUCUACGACAAAAUCAUGUUUGGAAAGAAAAGAAAAAUCCGUGAGGCCAACAAGCUUGCUGCUAAGAGGAAGGCUCAUGAUGAUGCUGAGAAAGCAAAGAAGAAAAAGGCCAGAAAGUAACUUGUGCCUUCUUCAGAUUGACUGUGUGUCUUUCAGCUUGAGUACAAUACAGGUUUACAUGUCAUAAAACCUGUAAGUACAUGAAAGCUCUGUGUGUUACACGCACUCUAAUUUGGGUGCAUUGACCUCUGCAUAAUUUCAAACUGAAAUGCAGGAUGUCACAAAUGCUAAUUGUGUAAUUAUUGAUGUAAAAGUAACUGUAUGAUCUGUGCUCCACUAUCUGUAUUGUACAAGAUAUCUUCCACUUUAUUUUAAAAUCUGUAUUUGAAACUGUAUUUUACAGUAAAACAGACUGAAUUAAA